AUGAAUCCAUGGAAGGAACAAGAAUGGAGAUCAACCUGGAACCAGAAUCUGUAUGAAACUUCUGCUGACCACAGUAAAAGCAACUUUCAAAGACUCUUGUCAUUCUUGGAAGUCGAUAAUUCAUUCCUUACACCAUGGAGUUUCAACCCGGAUGCUUUUGGUGAUUUCAGAUCGAAUAUUCAGACAUAUAUGAGCUUGUCACAUGGCUCAUUCUUCACUUACGAUGGGUUUGCAACUUUGGGAUCCCCUCAAGUGGAGCCCUUAGUGGUCAAAAAAGAAGGAACUAUCGUGGCUCAUGCGGUUGCCUUUAUGACAUCUGAUGAAGGACAAUCUUCGAGUAACCAAGAGGUAAAAUCCAAGUGA